AUGAGUCCUGCUUUGCCAACAUCAUCAGAAGAGGAACGUCGCGCUGCGGCAGGAGCUCUGGAAUCGCGAGCUGACGAGGUGGAGAUGAGGUCGUGCGCGCCCACAGUCCAGCUCGUUGUCAAAGAAGAGUCCGACAGCGAAAAACCAAAGAGGUCCAAGUUGCGUUUUCAGACCCCUUCUGCGCACAGCAGUCAUGCCAGUGUUGACGACAAGAAUGGCUUGCUGCCAUCCGACGACGAGAAGGCGCCUGCGUGGGAUGAGGAUGAGGACUCAGCGAGCGUAGGUUCGAGCGCGAGCGAGAGCAGCUCCAGCGCAUCCUCCUCGCGCUCCAUGUCCUUUGAGCCCAAGGCAGAGACGUAUCAGUCGACAGCAUCCUCUUCAGCAUCUCCCAUCAAAAGUGCCGCAUCCUCGGGACCAUCCAAGGCACCUAGGCGCCAGCCAAAGGAGCCCGCCAGGCCGCCUCAGCUCAUACAACAUUUGCCACUGGCAGAGUGGGAAGCCAUGCAGACUUUUGAUGAGCUGCCGCGCAACUGGUACGAGAGAGCAAAGCUGGGCAGGAGCAAAGGUCAAGAGGAAGGGAUGGUUUGCGAGUGUAGAUAUCGAAGUGGUGAGCAGCGGGUUUGCGCAGCGUUGCGUGCGAGUGGCGCACGUAUUCGGGCUGCUGAGCAAAUCUUUUCCCUCUGAUGUCCUCACCAAUUCGCUUGGCGUGCUGCAUCAGGCGAUGACCCUGCACUUGUUGCCUGCAGCGAGGACUCUGGUUGUAUCAAUCGCCUGACACAGGUCGAAUGUCUGGCUUCAGAUUGCCGAUGCAAAGAGCACUGUCAGAAUCAGCGGUCAGUAUACGAGCGCCUGCCUCGCUUGACAAAGUGGCGAUCGAUGGCUGACGCGCGGCACGCUGCUGUGGGCUUUGUUCCCUCGCAGAUUCCAACGAGCGCAAUAUGCCAACAUUGAAAUCGUCCAAACCGAAAAGAAGGGCUUUGGCUUGCGCGCAGCCAAUGACUUGCCCGCGUACGUCGUGUGUGGAGAGCGGUUGAGUCAGCCCAAAGCUUCUGAUGAGCCCCUCACUGAUCGCUGCGCCUCUUCGACUUAUAGCGACGCGUUUAUCUACGAGUAUAUCGGCGAGGUCGUCGAGCACAAGACUUUCAUGAAGCGGAUGCAGCAGUACGCCCAAGAAGGUGUCAGGCAUUUCUACUUCAUGAUGCUGCAGCGAGAAGAGGUAAGGAAUGCUGCUCCAUCUAUCAAGCCCCUGCAAGAUGGAAUGGUCUACUGACACUGACGCCUCCUCUGACAGUACCUCGAUGCCACGAAAAAGGGCGGCAAAGCGCGCUUCAUAAAUCAUAGCUGCUCGCCAAACUGUUAUGUUGCAAAAUGGCACGUUGGCAAGCACAUGCGGAUGGGCAUCUUCGCUCAGCGAAGCAUCACAGCUGGCGAAGAAUUGACUUUCAACUACAACGUUGAUCGAUACGGCCAUGACGCGCAAGAGUGCUUCUGUGGAGAGCCAAAUUGCGUCGGCACGCUUGGAGGAAAGACCCAGACCGAUAUCGGGGGCAUGGACCAGCUGUACAUUGAUGCUCUUGGCAUAGCCGAGGAGGUGGAUGCUUUGGAAGCAAAAGGUUCGCGGCGAAAGAAGAGCAGGCAUUUGGAUGAAGACUUCAACGUGCGUACUACGAGGUAUUUGCCCGUCUCUUCUUGUCUUUUGAUGCUCACAUCUUUGCUUGCCCCUCUCGCAAAUGACGACUGUGCAGCCGGUCAUGCGGCCCAUAGAGGCUCACGAAGUCGCUCGAGUGAUCGCAGCAGUUCGACAAGCGCAGUCGGACAAGAGAAUCUUGCAGAAGCUACUGGAGCGCAUACACAUGACGACAGACGUCGCAGUGCAGAAGGCGCUCGUCAGGCUGCAUGGUUUCGUUCUGAUGGCGGCCAUCAUGGAGGAGUGGCGGGACGACAGAGCAAUUUUGCUUUUGGUAAUGGGAAGCAUGGCUCGUUGGCCGCUGAUUGCGCGCAACAAGGUUGUGGACUCGGGCGUGGACAGCACGGUCCGAGAUUUGACGUCCGACCAAGACAAGAACAUUACCGAGCUCGCACAAAGUCUAUUGGAUGCGUGGGAAGCACUGGAGCUGAGCUAUCGCAUCGCCAGGAGAGAGGUUCCUCUGGACGCAGACGAUUCCACGCGUGAAACCCCAUCUUGGAUGGAACAGCGGCAAGCGGAUGAGUCCGAGGAGAUUGCGGUAGCCUGGAGCAAUGCACGAGCCCCCAACGCAAUCUCAACGUCUCUUCAUUCUUUAUUCCCACGACCCCUCGGUACGCUCGCCGUUGCCGCUCCUGCGAUUCAUCGUCCUCCUCGAAGGCGAGCAUUGCAAGGAUCGCCCUUUACCCCUCGAACACCAGAAAAUGCAUCUCCAGCGCCGGUCAAACCGCAGCAGAAAAGCCUGGAGGAGAUUAUCAGACAGGCCAAUGCGGACGCGGCGCUGCAAACACAACUUUCCGACGAUGUCGCUAAAGUCGAGCGUGAGAGAGAAAAGGAAAGGCAACGAGAGCGCAAAGCACGCAAGAGAUCUUCCAGAGGCGAUAGGGAGCGCAAUGGAGAGCACGGAAGUUCUAGCAAGCGACGGAAACACGGAUCGGGAUCCGCGUCCUCGAUGCAUCAUUCCUCGUCCACUGACACAGAAAAGAAAUUGCGAAAGCUGGUCGGCGAAGUCGUUGUCAAGUGCAUGAGCAAAUACUCUGACAGGCUGGAUCGCGACGUCUUCAAGAAACACGCUCGAGACGUAAGUCGGCGCACUUACUGUGUAAUUCUCGAGCUGCGCCUGUGCAUCGGCUGACCUGCGUGACCUUUUAUGUCCCACAGCUCACAGAUGUCGUUUGCGCAAAGGAGAUGAAGCAUACAUCCUGGCCGCCUGCAGAGGGCAAGUUGGAGACGCUGACAGCAGAAAAGAAGGCGAAGAUGAAGACAUUCGCAAACGAGUACAUCGGAAAGUUGAUCGCUAGGAAGGGCAAGCCAGCGCUCAAUGGCGCCUCAUCAUCGGCCCAUGCAUAUCGCAGCUCGAGCAGGACAGAUUCGCCUUCAGAACCACGCGGCGGCCACUCCUCGCGCCAAGGCCGUCCGUCAAAUGAGCAUGCGGCCUGGGUACCCGAUGGCGACAGAUCAAGUAGCAUCAUAGAUGAAGCAGACGCCGGAUCCCUCGGCUCCCAUGGCACAGCGUCGAAUACUGGGUCCGGCACAACGUUGGGCACUCCAGCGAGCCCCAAGGCCACGGCUCACUUUGGUUUGCCGCCCGGGCUCAGCGCCAUGCUUUCAGUGUCGGGUGCAAAUAGCAAAGACUCGCAAGCGGUGGCAUCGCCACUUGCUCGGCACAGCGACUCCUUGCCUCCGGGCCCUGCACCAUCCAUGCCCAACUUCCCGGCGCACCCAGGCCCUCCUCCGCGAUUCUAA